AUGGCGACGAAUGCGGGGCAGGGAAAUUCUGCCAGUCGAGAUGCAGAGGAGGCCAAAGCAGUAAAGGGCAAGGCCACAAAGAAACCCAAGCCUCCGGUUCGACCACCGCUCCCACCGGGCCCUCGUACCCCUUACGAUUUUUACGACGCCUGGUCCCCUCCGGCAAUCCCUAAGGAGUCCAACAACAAUCGAGAUUCGCGAGAUUCGCCCAUCUCCGACUUCGACCCUCAAGCCAAACUCGAGCCCAUUUCGUGUCGGACGCUCACCCCAUACAGCUACAGCCGGUGGCUCGAUUUCCACCACAAAGCCCACACCGACGACGUUAUCAGAGGCGCGACCGAGUACCUUGAAUUUUACGGCAAAAAGAGACCCCGAGUGACUGGGCUUAUCGUCAGCAAGAUGGCGGCCCCUCAGUUAAUUUUCGUCGACGGCACCUUCGCCGAGCUGGCGCAGGAGAUGGCCGAGUACGUCCAAAUCGGCGAGCAGGUCAAGCCGCAUCUCGCCAAGGAGCAGAAUGAAGAGGCACUUCAGGCCAUCCUCCAGGCGUCGCACGUCCUCAAUUCGAUCCCCGAAAAGGAAUUCACCGGCGCCUAUAACCUCCUCAUCCAUCUCGUCCUGCAGUCCAAGGAUCCCCUGAAGUACCUGCCCGCCCUCUGCGGCAACCUCCAGAAGCCCAUCACAUCGUCUCCGGCCCACGGUUUUACUCUCGCCGCCAAUGCCCUGAGCACAGUAUUCAACCUUCUCGAGCCGAGCAACCCCACUCGGUUCAAUGUGCUGCUGCAGAUCACGCGCUUCGUUCGGCAGCACGGCCAAUACGACCUUCUCAAGCCACGGUUAGAGAAUCUGGAAGGCUGGUUCAAUAUGUGGGGCACAGAUGAGGACGAGCAGCGGAGGCUGUAUGUUGAGGUGUCGGAGGCGGCCGCCGAAGCUGGCGACGACGAGGAUUCGUACCGCUACCUCAUUAAGGCCCUGGCUACCUUCGACCGCGACGAGCAGGAGGAGAUUACAUCGGAAGAGGCGCAAAAGCUCUCCUUGAAGGCCGUCCGCAUGGCCAUCUCGCACCCCGCCCGGUUCGACUUCCAAGACCUCCGAGUCCUUCCCAGCGUACAAGCGCUCGGGGACUCGCACCCCAUCUACUCACAGCUGCUCGAUAUUUUCACGGAGCAGGACCUGGAGGAUUACAGCGACUUCAAGGACGAGCACGAAGGCUGGAUCGAGAACGAGAAGCUUGAUAAUGACAAGCUGCAGCGCAAGAUGCGGCUGCUCACCUUCGCCAGCCUGGCUGCCAGCACCCCCAACCGCGAGAUCCCGUAUGCCAACAUCGCCAAGGCGCUGCAGAUUCCCUCGGAGGAAGUCGAGAUGUGGACGAUCGAUGUGGUCCGGGCCAAGCUUGUUGAGGGGAGGUUGUCUCAGCAACAGAAGGUCUUCCUGGUGCACCGCACCACCUACCGUGUGUUUGGCGAGAAGCAGUGGCGCGAGCUAGCCACCAGGGUCGACCAGUACAAGUCCAUUGUCGACCAGCUCCUCGUCGUCCUUCGCAAGGGCCAGGCCGACGUGGAGGGUCAGCGCGAGCGUGAGCAGCAGGAGCUCGAGCGGAAGCUUGCCGGCGCCGGCAUGGGCAGCGGCCCGGGCGGUGAUCGCCGCCGCCAACCGCAGAAGCCGCGCACUGAUGAGGAUGACUGA